AACCACCACCACAGCCAUUCUUUACACGGUCAAAGUCUUCCAUUCUACGGAAGCUGUGUAAACCCAUUGCCCAAAUACAAAGACAAAGACGAGAUACAGAUUAUGUGUAUAUAAAGUGGAACUUUUUAAUGCACUGUACCAACAAAGAGAAAUGGAAUUCCGAUUUCUCAUUUUUGUUCUUUUUCUUUCCCUUGUCUUCUCUAUUUCAAAAUCCCAAAUAUCUCCAGGCACUUUCCUUUCACCUUCCAAUCUUAACCAUACUUGGUCUUCCCCCAAUAAUACCUUUUUUGUGGGUUUUAUACAAGUAGGUUCUAGCUAUGUCGCCGGAAUCAAUUACUUUGGUGGUGUCCAGGUUUGGACCGCCGGUGGUCCAUCCGUUUCUGUUGAUGCCGGUGGAGCUUUCCAUUUCCACUCUAAUGGAACUCUCCAACUCGUCAACGGCUCUGGCACCGUCGUCUGGGACUCCAACACUAGCCAUCUUGGAGUUACUUCCGCUUCUUUGGAGGAUUCCGGCGAUUUAGUUCUUCGAAAUGGCAGUGGGGUUUCGGUUUGGUCCAGUUUUCAAAACCCAACGAAUACAAUUGUCCCUGGUCAGAAUUUAACGGUAAACCAUGUUUUGAAAUCUGGGAUUUAUUCGUUUAAUGUUCUUAAUUCUGGGAAUCUCACUUUGAAAUGGAAUGAUAGUGUAAUUUAUUGGAAUCAAGGUUUGAAUUCUUCUAUCGAUUCUAAUUUGACUUCACCAGUUUUGGGUUUGCAGCAAAUCGGGAUUUUAUCAAUAUUUGAUGUUACUUUAACUAGUGCAUAUAUUGUAGCUUAUAGUAAUGAUUAUGCAGAAGGUAGUGAUAUAUUAAGGUUUUUGAAGUUGGAUAGCGAUGGGAAUUUGAGGAUUUAUAGUUCUGCUUUAGGCAGUGGAAUUGUAACUAUGAGAUGGGCUGCUUUGACUGACCAGUGUCAGGUGUUUGGAUAUUGUGGAAAUAUGGGGAUCUGUAGUUAUAAUGAUUCAAGUUCGAGUCCCACUCCAAUCUGUGGAUGCCCAUCUGAGAAUUUUGAGUUUGUUGAUGUGAAUGAUAGUAGAAAAGGUUGUAAAAGGAAAGUGGAGAUUGAAAAUUGUCCUGGAACUGCUACUAUGUUGGAAAUGGAUCAUGCCAAGUUCUUGACUUACCAACCUGAGCUUUCCUCGCAGGUUUUCUUUGUAGGAAUAUCAGCUUGUAGAUUGAAUUGUCUUGUGAGUAGUUCUUGCGUUGCUUCAACGUCUUUGUCAGAUGGAACUGGGUUGUGUUACUUGAAAACACCUGACUUUGUUAGUGGUUAUCAGAACCCUUCACUUCCUAGUACUUCAUAUGUCAAGGUUUGCGGACCGGUUCAACUUAACCCUUCAGUUGAUUUGCAGGUUGCCGGAAAAGGGAAAAGUAGAAUUGGCGUGUGGCUUGUCAUUCUUGUUAUUGUGGUUACACUUCUUGGUUUGAUUGCUAUAGAGGGUGGUUUAUGGUGGUGGUGUUGUAGAAAUAGUCCUAAGUUUGGCAGUUUGUCAGCUCAUUAUGCACUUCUUGAGUAUGCCUCUGGUGCACCGGUGCAGUUCUCAUAUAAGGACCUGCACCGCACAACGAAGGGAUUUAAGGAAAAGCUUGGAGCUGGAGGAUUUGGAGCUGUUUAUAAAGGGAUUCUUGCUAAUAGAACAGUAGUUGCAAUAAAGCGGCUUGAGGGAAUUGAGCAGGGUGAGAAACAGUUUAGAAUGGAGGUUGCAACUAUAAGCAGCACUCACCAUUUGAAUUUGGUGAGACUGAUCGGAUUUUGUUCUGAAGGACGACAUAGGCUUUUGGUUUAUGAGUUCAUGAAAAAUGGGUCACUUGACAAUUUCCUUUUUUCCAUGAAUGAAGACUCUGGGAAAUUUCUGAACUGGGAACAUAGAUUUAACAUUGCGCUUGGAACUGCCAGAGGAAUCACAUAUCUUCAUGAGGAAUGUCGAGAUUGCAUAGUUCAUUGUGAUAUCAAGCCGGAAAAUAUUCUCCUGGAUGAGAAUUACAAUGCAAAGGUAUCAGAUUUUGGUCUUGCAAAGCUCAUAAAUCCUAAGGAUCAUAGAUAUAGAACCCUGAAAAGUGUUAGAGGGACCAGAGGAUAUUUGGCACCGGAGUGGAUUGCAAAUCUUCCAAUAACUUCCAGAUCCGAUAUAUAUAGUUAUGGUAUGGUUUUGUUGGAGAUAGUGAGUGGAAGAAGAAAUUUUGAAGUCUCAGAAGAAACUAACCGAAAAAAGUUCUCCGUAUGGGCUUAUGAAGAGUUUGAGAAGGGAAAUGUGAAUGCUAUCAUUGACAGAAGACUUGCUGAUCAAGACAUGGAUAUGGAGCAAGCAAAGAGGGCAAUUCUGGUGAGCUUUUGGUGCAUCCAAGAGCAACCGUCUCAAAGGCCAAUGAUGGGAAAAGUUGUGCAGAUGCUAGAAGGAAUAGCAGAGAUUGAUAAACCGCCAGCUCCAAAGGCAUUCACUGAAGGUUUGAUUAGUGGCACAAGCAUAAAUGUGAGCAGCAAUGACAGUGUUCUUUCAACAUUCGCGGCUUCAGCCUCUGCACCGGUACCAUCAUCAGUUUCCUCAUAUCAGACGACGGGACUUUUGCCUUUGCCUUCAGGAAUGAAUAUAGAGAAGCCCUCUUCAUCACUUUUAGGCUCCUCCUCGUAGCUAGUAAUGGUUUGCUAAUUAGAUUCUAUACACGAUCAUGAUAAUAUCUUGUAAAAUUUGUUGUUCUUAACUGUAAUAUAUACAUUUGUAAAGAAUGAGGCUUAAAUAUUACUUGUACAAUUCAGCUUGCUAACUUCAAGAAAUGUUGAAGUGUAGAUAAUUCUCCAA